GCCGGCGCCGCUCGCCGGGUGUGACGUACUAAUUCUGCGCCGCCCUCGGCGGUGGGCCUGGGGCUCGCGGGAGGGGAAGGAGGAGGAGGAGGAGGAGGAGGGGUGGUGGCGGCGGCGGUGGUGGAGGUGGAGGAGGUGGAGGUGGAGGCUAGAGCCGCACCAGGGGCGGCCGCGGCGGGGCGGCACGGCGCGCGGCCCAGAGCGUUGGCAUCGUGUCCUGAGACGGCUCCACCUGAAGACAGCAGGAGUGGCGGGGUCGCCGCCGCCGUCCGAAAGAUGAGCCGGGAAGCCUGAGGCGGAGACACCCGCCUUGGGGCCCGUGUGGCCGGCUUCCCCGCCCCGGAGUACUGGAAGAUGAAAGAGACUAUACAAGGGACCGGGUCUUGGGGGCCUGAGCCUCCGGGACCCGGCACCACUUACUCAAACCCCAGACGAGAACGUCUUCGUUGGCCCCUGCCCCCUAAGCCCCGGCUCAAGUCAGGUGGCGGAUUCGGGCCGGAUCCUGGGUCAGGGACCACAGUGCCAACUAGACGCCUCCCUGCCCCUCGGCCCUCUUUUGAUGCCUCAACUAGUGAAGAAGAGGAAGAGGAGGAGGAGGAAGAGGAGGAGGAGGAAGUAGCAGCUUGGAGGCUACCCCCUAGAUGGGGCCACCUGGGGGCCUCCCAGCGUCCUCGUCCUGUGCGACCCUCUCAUAGAAAAACCUGCUCACAGCGCAGGCGCCGAGCCAUGAGAGCCUUCCAGAUGCUGCUCUACUCAAAAAGCACCUCGUUGACAUUCCACUGGAAGCUUUGGGGGCGCCACCGAGGCCGGCGGCGGAAUCUGGCACACACCAAGAACCAUCUCUCACCCCAGGAAGGGGGUGCAACGCCACAGGUGCCAUCACCCUGCUGUCGUUUUGAUUCUCCCCGGGGGCCACCCCCACCCCGGCUGGGUCUGCUAGGUGCUCUCAUGGCUGAGGACGGGAUGAGAGGGUCUUCACCAGUGCCCUCUGGGCCCCCCAUGGAGGAAGAUGGACUAAGGUGGACCCCCAAAUCUCCUCUGGACCCCGACUCUGGCCUCCUCUCAUGUGCUCUGCCUAAUGGUUUUGGGGGACUCUCUGGUCCUGAAGGGGAGCGCAGCCUGGCACCCCCUGAUGCCAGCAUACUCAUCAGCAAUGUGUGCAGCAUUGGGGACCAUGUGGCUCAGGAACUUUUUCAGGGCUCUGACUUGGGCCCUGUGGAAGAGGCAGAGCGGCCUGAGGAGAAAGCGGGCCAGCAUAGCCCCCUGCGGGAAGAACAUGUGACCUGCGUGCAGAGCAUCUUAGAUGAAUUCCUUCAAACUUACGGUAGCCUCAUCCCCCUCAGCACUGAUGAAGUUGUAGAGAAGUUGGAGGACAUUUUCCAGCAGGAGUUUUCUACGCCCUCCAGGAAGAGUCUGGUACUACAGCUGAUCCAGUCCUACCAGCGGAUGCCAGGCAAUGCCAUGGUAAGGGGCUUCCGGGUGUCCUACAAACGACAUGUGCUCACCAUGGAUGACUUGGGGACCUUAUAUGGACAGAACUGGCUCAAUGACCAGGUGAUGAACAUGUAUGGGGACCUGGUCAUGGACACAGUCCCUGAAAAGGUGCAUUUCUUCAACAGUUUCUUCUACGAUAAACUCCGCACCAAGGGUUAUGACGGGGUGAAAAGAUGGACCAAAAAUGUGGACAUCUUCAAUAAGGAACUACUGCUAAUCCCCAUCCAUCUGGAGGUGCACUGGUCCCUUAUCUCGGUUGAUGUAAGGCGGCGCACCAUCACCUAUUUUGACUCCCAGCGCACUCUAAAUCGCCGCUGCCCUAAGCAUAUUGCCAAGUAUCUGCAGGCAGAGGCUGUAAAAAAAGACCGACUGGAUUUCCACCAGGGCUGGAAAGGUUACUUCAAAAUGAAUGUGGCCAGGCAGAAUAAUGACAGUGACUGUGGUGCCUUUGUGUUACAGUACUGCAAGCACCUGGCCCUGUCUCAGCCAUUCAGCUUCACCCAGCAGGACAUGCCCAAACUCCGCCGCCAGAUCUACAAGGAGCUCUGUCAUUGCAAACUCACUGUGUGAGCAGCAGACCCCAACCCUUAGCCAAUGAAUGGGCAGGGGACAAGGGAGACCCUUCCCCAGAAACUCCGGUUCCUUCUGUCUCCCCACCCAGUUCCCUUUGGAUUUUCAUAUUUAAAUGUUUUGAUUUCUGUAUUUUGUUCUCUUUGCAAGAAUGUUGAUUUCUGAUGGGAAGGGAGUGGCCACAUAAGAGUCCUUUUCUCCCUCUCUAGAGGAAUGUUGCCUUGUGACCUAGAUGGAGCAUCCAUUCCUCCUUCCAUGUUCAGGGGGCAGGAAAACUGUGGGGGUGGUGGGCGGGCAAAGGGAUUACUGCCUGCCAGAUGUUCAAACUUUUUUUUAUAUAAAUAUAUAUAUAAAAUGCCACGGUCCUGCUCUGGUCAAUAAAGGAUCCUUUGAAGAUA